AUGAGGAAACGCAACGAGUCGGUCACGGUGGAGCAUGAGCGCGCCGCCGCCGCCGCCGUGCCCGGGCCCCUCGAUAAGGGCUGCAGCUUGAGGCGAAGCCUGCGCCUGCCUGCCUCCGCCGCUGCCGAGGGCAUGAAGCGACCGCUGGGCAGGCGAUACGGAUUAUGGUUUCGAUUGAGGAGGUUAAUACUCUGGUUGCUGGGAAUGUACAUAGCCAUCCCAUUUCUAGUAAAACUUUGCCCUGCUAUUCAGGCAAAGCUGGUCUUCCUAAACUUUGUGAGAGUCCCGUAUUUCAUUGACUUGAAAAGACCGCAGGAUCAAGGUUUAAACCACACCUGUAAUUAUUACUUGCAGCCAGAGGAGGAUGUAACCAUUGGAGUCUGGCACACGGUCCCUGCAGCCUUGUGGAAGAAUGCCCGAGGAAAGGACCAGCUGUGGUUUGAAGAGGCUUUGGGCUUCAGCCAUCCUGUAAUCCUUUACCUGCAUGGCAAUGCAGGAACAAGAGGAGGGGAUCACCGGGUGGAGCUUUACAAGGUCCUCAGCUCCCUCGGGUACCACGUGGUGACGUUUGACUAUCGAGGCUGGGGUGACUCAAUAGGCAGCCCUUCAGAACGAGGAAUGACCUACGAUGCCCUGCAUGUCUUUGACUGGAUAAAAGCACGGAGUGGAGACAACCCUGUCUAUAUAUGGGGACACUCCCUGGGCACAGGGGUUGCAACAAAUCUGGUGCGGCGCCUCUGCGAAAGAGAAACACCCCCGGAUGCCCUGAUCCUGGAAUCUCCAUUCACCAACAUACGGGAGGAGGCGCGGAGUCACCCUUUUUCUGUGAUAUACAGAUACUUCCCUGGAUUUGACUGGUUCUUCCUUGACCCCAUCACGACAAGUGGAAUUAAAUUUGCAAACGAUGAGAAUGUGAAAUACAUCUCCUGCUCCCUGCUCAUCCUUCACGCUGAGGAUGAUCCAGUGGUACCAUUUCAUCUGGGAAAAAAGCUUUACAACAUCGCGGCGACGUCGCGGAGUUUCCGGGACUACAAGGUGCAGUUUGUGCCCUUCCACACAGACCUCGGCUACCGGCACAAGUACAUCUACAGGAGUCCAGAGCUACCUCGGAUACUGCGGGAAUUCCUGGGAAAAUCUGAACAUGAGCAUCAUCACUGAAGACUGUCUGCUCAUCAGCACGGAGAUUUUUCAUUUCCUUCCUCUCUCUCCUUUUCCUCCCUGCUCCCUGUGGGUCAGUCUGCCAUUCCAUCCCUGGCACUAGAGGAGGUCAGGGAUUCCCAUUCCAGUCCUGAUGUGUAUCCUUGGCAACUCCAGCUUCUGGCAUCUGCAUCUGUGAUGGCAGAAGGAAGAAGUUAUUGUGUUCUUUUUUGGACUUGGAUAGAGGGGUGGUAACAGCCCAGGAGCCAGUACCAAACAGUGAAAAAUGUAAGCACAGCAAAGCCUUGCCCAUCCCUCGUGGUCCUGCUGAGGACAGAUGUUCCUAGGACACUGUGUCAUGACCAAGGAUGUUUCUUUCACUUUUAAACACUGCUGCUGUUUUUGGAUCAUGUA